CCGGAGCCCGGCGGCCGAGGGAGCCCGGCGCCGGCGGGGUGGUCGCGGCGCGCGGCGCCCGCUCAGGAUGUCGCGCAAGGUGCCCCGCGCGGAGGUGUGCGCCGACUGCAGCGCCCCAGACCCUGGCUGGGCGUCAAUCAAUCGCGGAGUGCUGGUCUGCGACGAAUGUUGCAGCGUCCAUCGCAGUCUGGGGCGCCAUAUAUCCAUCGUCAAGCACCUUCGACACAGCCCUUGGUCGGCCACCUUGUUGCAGAUGGUGCACACUCUCGCAAGUAACGGUGCCAAUUCUAUAUGGGAACACUCGCUGCUUGAUCCGGCGCAGGUCCAGAGCGGGAAGCGUAAGGCUAACCCGCAGGAUAAAGUCCACCCCACCAAGUCUGAAUUCAUCCGUGCCAAAUACCAGAUGCUGGCCUUUGUCCACAAGCUCCCGUGCCGAGACGACGACGGCGUCACCGCCAAGGACCUCAGCAAGCAACUGCAUUCAAGCGUCCGGACGGGAAACCUGGAGACCUGCUUGCGCCUUCUUUCCCUGGGCGCCCAGGCCAACUUCUUCCACCCGGAGAAAGGGACGACGCCCCUGCACGUUGCUGCCAAGGCAGGCCAGAUCCUCCAGGCGGAGCUGCUCGUCGUCUACGGGGCGGACCCCGGGGCACCUGACGUGAACGGACGCAGCCCCAUCGAUUAUGCCAGGCAGGCGUCUCAGCACGAACUGGCCGAGCGCCUGGUGGAAUGCCAGUACGAGCUGACGGACAGGCUGGCUUUCUACCUCUGCGGGCGAAAGCCAGACCACAAGAAUGGGCAUUACAUCAUCCCGCAAAUGGCAGACAGAGUGCGCCCAAAAUGCAUGUCUCAAAGCCUGGACCUCUCUGAGCUUGCCAAAGCAGCCAAGAAGAAACUGCAGGCGCUAAGCAACCGUCUCUUUGAGGAACUCGCCAUGGACGUCUACGAUGAAGUGGAUCGCCGGGAGAAUGAUGCAGUCUGGCUCACGACGCAGAACCACAGCACCCUGGUGACGGAGCGCAGCGCAGUCCCCUUCCUUCCCGUGAACCCCGAAUAUUCUGCAACGCGCAAUCAGGGACGGCAGAAACUUGCCCGCUUCAAUGCCCGGGAAUUUGCCACCCUCAUCAUCGAUAUCUUAAGCGAGGCGAAACGUCGGCAGCAGGGCAAAAGCCUCUCCAGCCCCACAGAGAUCCUCGACUCCUCCCUCCACGGCCCAAGCGACCUCGACGACCAACACGACUACGACAGCGUUGCCUCAGACGAGGACACGGACCAGGAGCCCCUCCGCAGUGCCAACGCAGGGCGCAAUAACCGCGCCCGGAGCAUGGAUUCCUCGGACCUCUCAGAUGGUCCCAUCACGCUGCAGGAGUACCUGGAGGUCAAGAAGGCGCUGGCCGCCUCCGAAGCAAAAGUGCAGCAGCUGAUGAAAGUCAACAACAGCCUGAGCGACGAACUGAGGCGGCUGCAGAGAGAGAUCCACAAGCUGCAGGCGGAGAACAUGCAGAUUCGCCAGCAGGUGGGGCCCAUCCACCCGGCGGCAGCACCACCCCCCAGCGAGCGCCCCGACCACAGCCACGUGGCUUCCACGGCCACAGGAGCCCACCGCCGGGACCGCCACGCCUUCUCCAUGUAUGAGCCGGGCACUGGGGCCCUCAAGCCCUUUGGCCAGCAGCCGAUGGACGACCUGGUCACCCGCCUUUCCACUCCGUUCCACCCCGGGGAGGUGGACGAGGAAGCCUUGUAUUCCAUCCACAACCAGGCCAGCAUCUACCGGAUGCGGAAAGGCGGCUCCAUCUCGUCAAUGCCAUUCCCCCAGUCUUCUCCCCUCUUGUCCUGCGCUCCGGAGAGCGGACGUCACAUGACUGGAAAACUGGACCGACACGGCAGUGGCACAGACAGCGAUUAUGACAACACGCAGGGCGGGGAUCUGCCACUCAGCAUGGACGGGAAGCGCUUGCUGGACCUCAGCAAGGACGAUGACUUGCACCCAGAACCUGAACCACUGGAAGGCGACCUGGACCCGGGCCUGCCCAGCACGGAAGACGUCAUUCUCAAGACGGAACAGGUCACAAAGAAUAUCCAGGAGCUCCUCCGAGCGGCCCAGGAGUUCAAGCACGACAGCAGCUUCGUCCCCUGUUCGGAGAAGAUUCACGCUGCCGUCACGGAAAUGGCGUCGCUUUUCCCCAAGAAGCCGGCCCUAGAGACGGUGCGCAGCUCCUUGCGCCUGCUGAACGCCAGCGCCUACCGCCUGCAGAGCGAGUGCCGCAAGACGGUCCCCCCGGAGCCGGGGGCCCCCGUGGACUACCAGCUCCUGACCCAACAGGUCAUCCAGUGUGCCUACGACAUCGCCAAGGCCGCCAAGCAGCUGGUCACAAUCACCACACGCGAGAAGAAGCAGUGAAGGGCGGGCAGGCGGGGGGCAGGCGAGGCUGGAGCAGCCCCUCUUCCUCCCCCCCCCAGCUCCUCCCUUCCCCACUGGAGGACUUUGGGGGGUGCAGCCACUUGGAAGUGUCCUUUCCCCACCGACUCACCUGCCCCCCUCCCUGCCAAUCAGCCCGCCUGCCCAGGCUGGGAUAGAUCAAGGCUCCCCAC